UAGUACUUUGGGCAGUAGUUGGGAUACAGUACAAAAACUUUGCAUUGCCAUUGCUCUGGACUCACAUCUGGGAAGAGUUCACUGAAAACUUUCACUGCACCUACAGACGAAGUGACUGGACUCAAAGUGAGUUCACAGACAUGGAGACCACAGUGCUGGCUUUGAUGCUUUGUCUGGUGAUGACUUCUUUUCCAGUGGAGUCUGUCACAAUUCCCCUGAGUAUGAUGGACAAUUCGGUUGACGACAUGUACGACGGCUGCAGUGAGGAAAUGGCUGAAAAGGUGGAGAAUGAAAACUUCCCCAAAGAGAUGAACAAUAAUGCGUUAUUCAAAAGGACCUGGGAGAAUGAAGAAAAGACUGCCAAUAAAAAAUACAAAGAAAACAGCAAAAUACUGACCCAAAAGCAGAUCAAAGCUUUAAUCAUCUACACUGGAGAUGAUGUCCAUGAAGAGUUCAACACAGCGGUUCAAGACAGUGCAGACAAAUAUGGCACUGAUGAAUUCAAAUACCACACUUUAUAUUACUUGCUGACUACUGCUAUACAGAAACUUAAUAGUGCCAAAACAUGCCAUACCACCUACAGGAGAAGCUACGAUGAAUUUACAGGUACACUCAACCAAGAAAUACGAUUUGGUCAGUUCGCCUCCGCUUCAUUCCAUCCCAAUAUGGAAGACUUUGGUACAGAGACUUGCUUUCAGAUUGAGACCUGUUUAGGCGCUCCCAUCAAAGACUAUUCGAUCAAUAGGAGUGAGGAUGAGGUGUUAAUCCCUCCCUAUGAGAAGUUCAAGAUUAUGAAAAUUGUGGAGGGUACCAACUACGAAAAGUUGAAAAAUUGUAAAAAGAUCUUUGUUGUGAAGAAUACAGGGAGCCAGAGUAAACUCAACUGCAGAGCAGCUCCACCUAAACAAGGCUCCUCUGGAGCCUUAUAAAAGUGGAUCGUUAAUGCUUUUUCUGGGUGCUUGGGAAGAGCCAAUCAUAAAUGAAUCGGCUCUUUUGAACGGUUCCUUACUGGGAACAGCUGGAACCAGAUCUCAUUUUUUUAAACUAACCAAAUUUUCUUUUUAAUUUGUAUGCAUUUUUACCCUGAAAAAACAGCUAGAUAGAUUUGCAUCUUUCUGGUUAAAAAUGCCUAAAUCUUGGUGUGCUACUUUCUGUGGCAGCUGCAGUUUCCAGUAGUUGGUGACAUCACAAAAGCCAAGUGUUUUUAUUUACAAACAGCUGUCUGCUGGGGGCGGAGUUUGAAGUGUGAAAACCUGUUUGACCAAUCACAGUGUUCCUUACACCUCCAGACCGUCCUUCUGUCACUCUCCUUUUAGUCGUCUCCAGGUCCUGCUCAGUCUAGCAGCUUUAUCUGAAAUAUGACUUUGGGCAGAGUUUAGGUGUUUAGUUCCACUUAAACUGUCCUCAUUGAAUUCAGACAAUGGAAGAGCAGCUCGCACAUAUGACAUGUCAUUCAAAAAGAACAUGCUCAUGAAAGAAUGUUCUCUUGUUUUGUCUUAA